UAAGAACGUCAUAUCGACGGCGAUUCCUGACUAUUCUUGAACAUGGGAUCACAGAGAAAUAUGGCUUUAGCGGCCCAUCAGAGCAUCAUACGGAAGUUGUAUUGCGAUGAGAAUAUGACGUUAGGGGAUUUGAGAGAAUACAUGGAAAGAGAGAUCGGGAUAAGAGCCAGCAAGGAUACCUAUAAACGAUGGUUUAGAAAAUGGGGUCUGUGUAAGAACAGAAGAGGUGACAUUUGGACCUGGGCCAGCCAUCGCAUCGAGAAGCGUAAAGCCGGGCAGGGUAAUAAGGAAACCGAGGUUCACUUUAACGGCACGGUCAUAGACCACAAACGAGUCCAGAAGGAGAUCGCGCGACAUGUUUCCACCAUGGACCGGAUCGAGGCAAGAGCUCCUGCCCUCUUACCCCACAGGGCUAUAGCAUCGCUACGCCCUUGGGAUCAACUCCUGAUCUGCCGGAUACCUCCAACUCAGCUACCAAGCAUGGACAUAAAAUUUUGGCGGCGCCCAGAUCGAACAACCAGCAACCGCGCAGUCUGAAUGCCCCAUUGAUGAUGCCGUCUGAAUUUCAUCGUACAGAUUUGGCGCAUUCAUCAAACCACUCUUGGUCCAUAAAUCCUGCUGUCUACCUGCCCUAUAGCAGCUCUUCUACGGUGAUAGGUUUACCACCUGUCGGAUCUCAUUUUCCCCCCUAUUCCAACGACUUGGAUGCAUCAUGGAACGACUUAGGAGUUCCUCCCGAGACCGUCAACCCCAAAACCCUUCCUCCAAUCUUCAGCCACCACCCAGAUUAUCACUAUUGACAAUGAUGACCAACUUGCGCCAUAUAUUGCACGUUCAACGUUCUUCUGUGAGUCUUACAUGGCUAUUCCUCUCGAUUGAGACAUCUCUGUCGUAGGAUGUGGUUGGAAGCGCAAUGAUCUAUUGUGAUAGCCUUGGUUGGGAGAUAUUCUGUACAUAUCAAACUCAGGGAUAGCGGUUUCAGGCACACUUUCAUUCACUCUACAUUGC